CAGUAAAACCGACUGAAAUGUGCGAACUUCAUCUUGAACAUAUUUGUUAUCCUUUAUGAGGAUUGAAAUCGUAUUAAAAUCUUUUAAUCAACCGUUGUUCCUCUAUUAUUUACUUUGGCUUUCAUAGUCUUUUUAUUUCAAUCCCUUAGUCGCUUAAGGAAAGUUAUUCGUUCUAUCGGCAGCUUUACCUCGUUUGAUUUUUAUGAGCACUGAGUGCUAUCGUACAAAUUCAUAUUCAUUGCCGAAAAUCGGCAAAUUUGCCGAUUUUUUAGAUUGCCGGGACGCCGACCAAUCUCUACGGAAAGGGCUUAUAAAAAAGUAAGCAAAUCAUUUAUGUUACGUCCUUCGCAAGGAAGCAUCAAAAAGAAGAGGUUGUCAUUUCGAUUGCCGAUCGUUGGGUGCAUUUGUGUAUGAAAAUGAUGAUUGUUUCCAUCACUUGAGAUCAUUUUGAAUGCACACAAUGAUAAUCCCCCCUUUUUUUGCAGUAGGCUUUUAUUUUGAACUCAUCCUACAAAGGGGAUAACAGAAAAAGCUUACAACUGUCCUUUCAAAAGUUUUUUAAAGUGGCAUGAGAUAGGUACUUAGGUAGCUGUUGUUCGAUAUGACGAAGUUUCUCUUUCGCUUGAAUGAAGCGGUUUUGCUUCUCCGGGAGUGUAGAAUCUCCAUCUAAAGAUGAAACUACCAUGUUCGUUUUCCUUGUGCUUAUUAGUUACCAUACUUCCGGUAACGUUUCCCAACACGCUGUUUCUCCCUAAAAUAACUCCAUACUCAAUGCCGAAUAUAAGCCAAUGAGAUGAUUUACGGCAAAUUUAAUUUCGCUUCGGUUGUUGUGAAUUGAACAAGGAUGAUAUAAAUGCGUACAUAUAUAUAUGUGCGCAUGAACUUUGUUUUGUCGUUGUAUUGAGCAUAUACUUUUAGGGAAAUAUCUGGUUCUUUAGUUCUUCACUUUCUAGUAAAUUUGGAAGCUGUUUUGUUGGAACUUUGUUUAAUUACGAGAAUUAAUUAGAUCCUACACAGCUUAUCCCCUUUCCAGUGUGUACUUUUUUGAAUGCCUUUAAGGUGGUUCAACUUUAUUUAAUUUAUCUUCUCAUAAAAAAAGGCUUGUCGAUUACUAUAGCUAUACUAUUUGGUUGCAAUUACUCCUUCCGUCUUUUUUCUUGCAUUUUAAUUCCAAUUGAUACAUUCUACCCCUUACAUCAUUGGUCUUAUCUAGUUGUUGUUAAAUCGUCUUUAUUUUCUUUUCACAAAAGUUCCUUGAAUUCUUUUCCUUGGGCCUGAUUUUGCCUGUCGCUUCCGUCCUGAAAAUGUCUAGAGAAAAUCCUGCUGCCCAUGAUGCAAAUACGAUAGAUUUAGACGCGCUAGAAGCCGCUGAAAAUCCUGUCCAGUUAACGCAAUCGCGUAUGUUGGAUAUGUCCGGAAACCCUUUAAAUCGUACUACCUCCCGCCAAUCUGAGACUCUUUUUCCUAAUGGUGUCGAUCUUAAUUAUCCCUUUACCACCACUCGCGGCCUCCCUGAUGUAGCAGAGUACAAUUUGGAGACUGAAGGGGGUCUCUACCGUGAUCCUACCAUUAAUAAAGAGGGCGAAGAGCUUGUAACCUGGGAAAUGAACGAUCCUUCAAACCCUAAAAAUUGGUCCAAACUUUGGAAAUGGUACAUUACGGCUAUUAAUUCCUUGCUCGUAAUUUGUAGUGCGUUUGGUUCAUCCGUCAUUGCUGGUGAUUUGGAACAUGUGAGCCGCGACUUAAAGGUUGGUCCUGAAGUCGCUGCUUUGUCUUGUUCUCUUAUGGUAGUUGGAUUCGGUGUCGGUCCUUUAGUCAUCAGUCCCUUGAGUGAAAUGUUUGGUCGUCGUAUCGUUUACUUGGUCACUUUAGCUAUCUAUAUUAUCCUUCAAAUUCCCUGUGCUUUGGCUCCUAAUAUCGCAUGUCUUCUAAUUUGUCGUUUCUUCGCUGGCUGUUUUGGUUGCUCGCCGCUUACUCUUGCCGGUGGUGUUUUAUCCGAUGUUUGGGAAACCCGCGAACGUGGUCUUGCCAUUGCCUUCUUCGCUGCUGGUCCUUAUGCUGGUCCCACUAUUGGUCCAUUGGUCGGCGGCUGGAUCAAUGUUGGUACUGGUGACUUUCGUUGGAUAUUUUGGGUCAAUAUGAUUUACAUGUUUGUUAUGUAUCUCACUAUGCUUCCCAUUCCCGAAACUUAUGCCCCUGUCCUUUUGCGUUGGCGCGCCCAAAAAAUCCGAAAGCAGACUGGUCGAAAGGUUUACACAGCACAAGAAAAGCAGAUGUUAUCCUUUAUGGAAAUUGUCCAAGUCAAUUUGCUUCGUCCCAUAAGUUUGUUGAUGACGGAACCUAUUUUGAUGAGUAUUUCCUGCUAUAUUGCUCUUAUUUAUGCUUUGCUUUAUGGCUAUUUCUUUGCGUAUCCCAACGUUUUCGUCAAAGGAAAGGGCUAUAACGAAGGUAUUACUGGUCUCAUGUUUAUUCCCGUUUUAGUAGGUGUCGUCUUUGCUUUAGCGACUACUCCCUUUUUGGAAAGACAAUAUAUGAAUCGCAUAGAUGCUAACGGUGGUAAAGGAAUUCCUGAAUGGCGUUUGAUCGGUAUGAUGAUUGCAGCUCCUUUCAUCCCUGCUGGUCUAUUAAUUUUCGGAUGGACAAGUUUUCCCAGAUUAAUUUGGAUCGGUCCUGCUUUCAGUGGAGUUCCGUUUGGUUACGGAAUGGUGCUGUUUUAUUUCAGUGCAAAUAAUUACCUAAUCGAUGUCUAUCAAAAUUAUUGUGCCUCUGCUCUAGCUGCUAAGACAAUGGUACGUUCAGGAGGUGGUGCUGCCUUCCCUUUAUUUAUUGACUAUAUGAUGGAUGGUAUGACCCGACAAUGGGCUUUCUUCCUUUUAGGUAUGAUAGCUGUUGCUGCAAUCCCCAUACCCUUCAUCUUUUACAUUUAUGGUGCAAAGAUUCGUGCAAAAUCAAAGGCAGCCAUCGUAUAAUAUUAUUCUUGUACUUCAUUCGACGAUCUUUUAUCACGAAUUGCGAUUACACGCGCCAUCAUAGAAGUUAUCAAUUUUGCUUUUACAUGAUCAAAGGUUUAAGGUAUACGUUCUGGGCCUUUUUUUCUUAAAAUCAUGAAAUAUCCUUCCUUGGCUUGUUAUAUAAAACUUAUUGGGUUUAUAUAUUUGCCGGUGUUUAUUAACCAAAAAUGUUAAUUUGCUUCUUUGCUAUCUUUGUGUUUUACCACUAUUUUAAUUCACAUAAUAAAAAACACAAACUUUAUCGUUAUUAAGCUGAUUUUGUUAUGAAUAUUUUGGGUUUAGAAAAGAAAAAAGAAAAGAAAAUCAUUGAGCAUCUUGGAUAUGAAGAGUCAUUUCGCCUUCUUUACUUCUAUAAUUAGAACUUUCAUACUGGAAGUUAAUGAAAAAAUUAACUGUUUUUCUUUUUCUACAUCUCGGUAAACAAAAGUUGCAUUGUGCAGGGUGAGCAUUUAUUUUUUAAAAUUGUAUAUAUAUAUCGGGAGUAAUAGUCGACGUUAUCUCAUUUAUACAUAAAUUAAACAUUAAUAUACAAGUAUACGACGUAAAGAAAUCAGC